AUGUCUGAGCUCAAGGAGCGUUUGCUUCCUCCAAGACCAGCUUCAGCUAUAAACCUCAGGGGAGAUGGAGGAUCUCGGCCUUCUGCAUCAGGGAGACAAACUCUACUUGGAGUUGAUGUUUUGGGUCUUAAGAAGCGUGGACAAGGUCUUAAGUCGUGGAUUCGUGUUGAUACUUUUGCCAAUACACAGGUCAUUGAGGUCGAUAAGUUCACAAUGAUGCGUAGAUGCGAUUUACCAGCUCGUGAUUUAAGGCUCCUUGAUCCUGUGUUUGUGUAUCCGUCAACUAUUCUCGGCCGAGAGAAGGCUAUUGUUGUAAACUUAGAGCAGAUCCGUUGCAUUAUUACUGCAGAUGAGGUUUUGCUCUUGAAUUCCCUCGACAACUAUGUGCUUCGGUAUGUGGUUGAGCUGCAACAAAGACUAAAGGCGAGUGCUGUGGGUGAGGUUUGGAAUCAGGAUAGCCUCGAAUUGAGCAGGAGGAGAAGUAGGAGUUUAGAUAAUGUGUUUCAGAAUUCGUCUCCUGAUUAUUUACCUUUCGAGUUUAGAGCUCUUGAAGUUGCCCUCGAAGCCGCUUGUACCUUCCUUGAUUCCCAGGCUUCUGAGUUGGAGAUUGAGGCGUACCCGUUAUUAGAUGAGCUUACUUCAAAGAUCAGUACUUUGAACUUAGAGCGUGUGCGUAGACUAAAGAGCAGACUUGUAGCAUUGACAAGAAGAGUUCAGAAGGUCCGGGAUGAGAUUGAACAGCUUAUGGAUGAUGAUGGUGAUAUGGCGGAAAUGUAUCUAACAGAGAAGAAGAAGAGAAUGGAAGGAUCUUUACACGGUGAACAGUCCGUACAUGGUUACCGAUCAAAUGAUUGUUUUUCUCUUUCUGCACCAGUUUCUCCUGUUUCUUCUCCUCCCGAUGCCCGGAGACUUGAGAAAAGCUUGAGCAUUGUAAGGAGCCGGCAUGACAGUGCAAGAAGCUCAGAAGACACAACUGAGAAUAUAGAGGAACUAGAGAUGUUGCUGGAAGCGUACUUUGUUGUCAUCGAUAGCACUCUCAACAAGCUAACCUCGUUAAAGGAGUACAUCGAUGAUACAGAGGAUUUCAUCAACAUUCAAUUGGAUAACGUGCGGAAUCAGCUGAUCCAAUUCGAGCUGCUCUUAACUACGGCAACAUUCGUUGUAGCCAUCUUCGGGGUUGUAGCCGGGAUCUUUGGGAUGAAUUUUGAGAUAGAUUUCUUUGAACAAGCUGGUGCUUUCAAAUGGGUUUUGACCAUUACUGGAGUAUGUGGCCUACUUGUAUUUUUGGCAUUUGUCUGGUUCUACAAACGAAGGAGACUCAUGCCCCUGUGA